CCCCUGCGAAGCAUCGGCUCACGGAUCGCCGCUGCGUUCGUCGACUUCGCCCUGAAGUGGAGCGUGCUGGCCAAGUUAUGCGUCAUGCGCUACUGCAGGUAUGCCCGUUGGCCUGCCGUGCACAUGCAGCCGCUCCGAACUCGCGUGUGGAAGUGUUACGAGGCCCUGCUGGCCACCCCGUUGGUUGUGCUGGAGUCCAAGGGCGAGCAUGAAGACGGGCUGGGGAGGUUGCUCUACAAGUGGCUUGACGCCCUCCACGAGUGGUGGUGCGUCUUCUUGCCAGAGACUUGGGCGUCGGGACGGAAGGCGUGCUCCAAGUACUGCACGGGCGCGAGUCUGGAGUCUGGCCGUUCGGUCGCCCGUGCCAAGCUUGUCGCCAAGGUGGUGUGGACGCUGACGUCCCUGAUCCUGUUCUCGGCGUUCUACGUCGUGCUGUUCAUCUACGAAGUCGUCGAGUGGAUCUGCCAGGGCGUGGCCGGCGUGUUCGCCGUAGUCGUGGUCUUCGAUUGCUGGUUCGCCUCCGAGGAGGGCGGGCAGGCAAUAGAGACUAACUACUGGUUGCUGGUGGUGAAUGUUUGGGUUGCGCUGGUAUGCAUAACCAGCAAGCUGUGGAGGUUGUACGAGGCGUCGGCAGGCGAGUGUUCACCGCUGACCAUGGCCACGGAGGGCUACGCUGCGUGGUGCGGCUCUCGAGGAGCAGGAGCAGACUGA